UGAAAGCAGUUCGGUCUGACUCAAACAUGACCGUACGAUUAAAAUCCAACGGCUCAUAUCACGCGUGUGUACUUAUGUCUCAUCGAAUUCGUGUGACACGCACUCACUCUCUCUCUCUCCUUCCUCUCUCUUUCGCCCCUCUCGUCCUCUGCAAUUCCCGGCGACGGAGAAACCCUACCCACCGUCCAAACGCCGUCAUUUCGCUUCGAACCUCACUAUUCACGUGCGUUUCCGCCACCGCUGGGAAGGGAAAACGGUUUCCACCAAUCAGCGUUUCUGUGAUUCUUCUUCAAUCCAGAAAUUGGGAGAUUUGACGAUCAAUUUGUCGUUAGCUCGUAAUAAUUUACAGUCUUUGCUGUAAGUUUGGGUUUCCCAAUUUCCAUAUCAAUUUGCGCAAAGUUGUUUGGUUUGUACAAACUUACCUUUGUGGUACCUGAGUAAUUCAUUCUCUUUGCUUAGCUCCAUUUUGUUAUUGAGAAUAUACAAUGCUUUUAACAUAUGUGCACAGAAAAUCGUUAUGAUGUUUACAUGCUGAACUUUUGUGCAGUCUUAGGUGAUCACUUUUUAAUUCUUGAAACAGUGUUCUCUUAAAAAAAAGUUAUUUCCUUGGACACAUGCAACUUAGAUGGCACCUACUUUCUAUUUGAUAGGAUUAAAGCAUCCAGUCCAUGUUCAGGAUAUUUACCCAUGAAAUAGGCACAGUAAGAUAGUGGUACUAAUUGUUUGAAAUGGAUGUUCAAGUGAUAAAUGCGGAAGGAAGUGGUCAUCAGACAAAGGCAGAUAAUGGGGAUGCAGAACCAAGUGACAGUGAAGUUAAUAAUACUGAAAAGUAUGGAACUCAUGCGGAGGAUGGGAUUUCUGAGCCAUAUGUGGGUAUGGAAUUUGACACUGUAGAUGUUGCUAAGGCAUUUUAUAUUGAGUAUGCUAGACACAUGGGCUUUAGCUCUAAAGUUGGCCCAUAUGGUCACUCUAAAAUUGAUGGGGAAAAUUAUAGGGAGUUUGUAUGUGGUAGGGAAGGUUUAAGAAAAGGACUAAAUGAAAGUUGCAAUGCAAUGAUUAGGAUCGAGCUAAAGGGUCAAAAUAAAUGGGUGGUAACAAAAUUAGUGAAGGAGCAUACUCAUUCCCUGUUCAGUUCCAGUAAGGCAUACAAUAAUCAUCCAAGUAAGCAUUUUUCUAGUGUUGGAAGGACAAUGCCUGAAACUUAUCAAGGAGUGGGUCUUGUUCCUAGUGGUGUUAUGUAUGUAUCUAUGGAUGGGAAUCGUGUUUCGAAUCAGAAUACUCGUGGGAUGAAGAAUAUUCAUACCACUCCUGCUGAACGAAGUCACCCGGUUAAAAAUUCCUCAUUGGUGAAUUAUACUGUUAGGCCUUCUUUGCCAAACCGGACAUUGGGGAGGGAUGCUCAUAAUCUGCUGGAGUACUUUAAAAAGAUGCAGGCUGAGAAUCCUGGUUUCUUCUAUGCUAUACAACUUGAUGAAGACAAUCGAAUGUCUAAUGUCUUCUGGGCAGAUGCAAGAUCAAGGACAGCAUACAGUUAUUACGGUGACACAGUUCAUCUUGACACAACUUACAAAGUAAAUCAAUAUAGAGUGCCAUUUGCUCCUUUUACUGGGGUAAAUCAUCAUGGUCAAAUGGUUUUGUUUGGUUGUGCACUGCUUUUGGAUGAUUCUGAGGCAUCUUAUUUAUGGCUGUUGAAGACAUUUCUGACGGCAAUGAAUGAUUGUCAGCCUGUCUCUAUAACUACUGAUCAAGAUAGAGCCUUGCAGACAGCAGUUUCUCAAGUUCUCCCACAAACCCGCCACUGUAUUAGCAAGUGGCAUAUCUUGAGAGAAGGUCAAGAAAAGUUGGCCCAUGUAUGUCUUGCACAUCCAAAUUUUCAGGUUGAACUUUAUAAUUGUAUUAACUUGACAGAAACCAUUGAUGAGUUUGAGUCAUUUUGGAAUUGCAUCAUUGAUAAAUAUGAACUCAGAAGAAAUGAUUGGCUUCAGUCAUUAUAUAAUGCUCGUGCUCAUUGGGUUCCAGCAUUCUUCCGCAGUUCGUUUUUUGCAGCACUCUCUCCUACUCAAGGUUUUGAUGGUUCUUUUUUUGAUGGUUAUGUCAACCAACAGACGACAUUGCCAUUGUUCUUCAGGCAGUACGAAAGAGCUUUAGAGAGCUGGAUUGAAAAGGAAAUAGAAGCAGAUUUUGAGACAGUUUGCACUACCCCAGUUUUGAAGACACCUUCACCAAUGGAGAAACAGGUUGCUAAUCUUUAUACGAGAAAAAUAUUUUCCAAGUUUCAAGAUGAGCUUGUUGAAACUUUUGUUUAUACUGCAAAUAGAAUUGAAGGAGAUGGACCAAAUAGCAUAUUUAGAGUUGCAAAAUUUGAGGAUGAUCAGAAGGCAUACACGGUCUCAUUAAACCAUUCUGAGUUGAAAGCUAAUUGUAGUUGCCAAAUGUUUGAAUAUUCAGGCAUCCUUUGCAGACAUAUUUUAACAGUUUUCACUGUGACAAAUGUACUUACAUUACCACCCCAUUACAUCUUGAAACGUUGGACAAGAAAUGCAAAAAGCAGUGCCGGAUUGGAUGAACAUACCGGUGAAUCACAUGCGCAGGAGUCUUUGACAGCAAGAUAUAGCAAUCUAUGUAAGGAAGCCAUCAGAUACGCUGAGGAAGGGGCAGUAACUGUGGAAACAUAUAAUGCUGCAAUAAGUGGUAUUAGAGAAGGUGGAAAGAAGGUUGCUAAUGUGAAAAGAAGUGUUGCCAAAGUCUCUCCUCCUAACAAUGUGGCCAGUGGGACUGCAUAUGAUGACAGGAAAACUACCACUCCAACUUCAGAUACAACUCCUCUUUUAUGGCCACGGCAAGAUGAGAUAACGAGGAGGUUUAAUCUUAAUGAUGCUGGUGGUCCUGUUCAAUCAGUUGCUGAUCUAAACUUGCCACGGAUGGCCCCAGUCUCUCUUCAUCGUGAUGAUGGUCCAUCUGAAAACAUGGUAGUUCUUCCAUGCCUAAAAUCAAUGACAUGGGUAAUGGAGAACAAGAACUCAACUCCAGGGAAUAAAGUAGCUGUUAUCAAUCUUAAGUUGCAAGAUUAUAGCAGGGUUCCAUCCACAGAAUCUGAGGUUAAGUUUCAUCUUUCUAGAGUUACUUUGGAACCAAUGUUGAAGUCUAUGGCUUACAUCAGUGAACAGCUCUCAACACCAGCUAAUAAGGUUGCAGUAAUAAAUCUCAAGCUUCAAGAUACUGAGACAACCUCUGGUGAGUCAGAAGUGAAGUUUCAGGUGUCCCGGGAUACAUUGGGUGCUAUGCUACGAUCAAUGGCCUAUAUCCGUGAGCAGCUUUCUCAUGCUGACGAUGCACAUUUAGAACCUGUAUCCAAGAAGCAUAAGAAGUAAAGCAUCAAAUUUUCUUUUCAUGGAUGUGGGGACAUAUCUUGAUGAAAGCGUGAUGACCACUCAACGCAAAAAGGCUUAGAAAAUGCAGUGUAACUGUUGUAUUUCAAGUUUGCUAACUUAUAGUUUUUUACAAGUCUGUUGUAACUUAUUGUUGUACAUGUAUCAUAUCGUAAGUAGCAGCUUAGUUUUAUGCAAAGUAGUUAAAUAAAUACUCUUCGUUAAGUAACCCACUGAUAACGAAUGAAAAUGGGUUUAUCAAAGUAAAA